AUGAAGUAUAGCUUGUUGGAAGUGGCGAAGAAGCACUGGGAGGAGAUGGAAAUGGCAGUUGAGGAGUCUGCAAAGGUGAAGGAAGGUUACCCCCUCUACACACGCCCUAUGCACGCCCUCACGGAUUGUAUGGGUCGGAACCUAGUACAUGCUGCAGCUCUGGGCGGUUCAAUUGAGUGCUUACGCAGCGUCCUUUUCGCUGGUGGCGGGCCAUUCGAGGCAGAUCGAUUCGGGCGCACUGCACUCCACUUUGCGAUGCUCUCAGCCGCGCUGACUCGUCGGUGCAAUGCGGAUGAACCACCUAUCCGCUUGCCCAUUAAGAACAAAUCUAUCUCUGAAGUGGUUUGCGUUCUUCUCAAGCUGGGCGUAGAUCCAGACGCCCCGGAUAUUGACGGGUGCACGGCACUGCAUUUGGCCUCUGCUUUUGACACUGAUGGCCACCUAAUGAAGCUGCUUUUGCGACAUGGUGCUGACCGUUACGCGGUCUUUGCGCGCCAGCCCAAACCUCUCUUGAUCUCCAGCUCCAACUCACAAGACAGCCUUCAGUCUCCUUUGCGUCCUGUGUCCCGCCAAGGCUCAGGCGUCUCAUCAGACUUGAGUAGCGGUAGUAGCAUCAGCAAAAUUUUGGGAGAGGGUCUCUCGCCAAAUGAUUCCACCGUUAUUCGCACAGCCGAUGGGAAACAGGGCAAGGUGGCAUACUAUCCCAUUCACUUGGCCGCUGCCAUGGGUAACACCACGGCUCUAAGACUUCUCCUUUGUGGAAUGACCAAAGCGAAGAUUUGCCAACUAGUACUUGAUUCGGCGAAGAUGACCAAGUAUUACCCGAUUGGGGAGAAAGAGGGAGGAAAAAUUGCAUCUGACUCGUCCAGUUGGUACUUCUACUCGCCCCUUUUUCUGGCUGCUUUCCGAGGCCGGGGAGAUUGCGUAGAGAUGCUUUUGAAUGCCUGUGAAGAAUCAGCUACCGAUCCGAAGGAUGAAUCAAACGAUGCGAAGGCGAAAGAGGUGGAUGAGGAGGACAUCUCCCUCCAUCCACUACUAAGCGAAAAGCGACCUUGUACUUGGCUCACUGAUCCGCUGGGUCGAACACUGCUGCACUACGCUGCGCACGGGGGUCACCUGGAAACGUGCCAGGUGCUCGUAAUGCACCAUCUCAGUCAGGCCGAUCCUGCCAUCAAGGACGGUCUGAAUGGGUGGACUGCUGCGCACCACGCUGCUGCACGGGGUCAUUGCCCAGUGCUUCAAUUUCUUCUGCGUUGGCAUGCAUCGAAAACGAACUCCUCACUGGAUUUGCUAAACGUUCGAGAUGAGAAUGGUCGUACACCGUUGAUGUUGGCGGCGCAGUACCAACGACUCACUGCAAUUCACUUCCUUUCCACUUUUCAAAUGCGGCCCUCGAAAAACGUGGAUUUUGAUGGACGCACAUUAGAUGCUCACAUUAUUCGCCGCGUCAACCUCAGCGACAAAAUGGGUCGAACAGCCCUCCACCGCACGGCCAUCAAUGGACAAACUGAGGGUAUGAAAAUUCUCCUUGAGGCUGGAGCUUCGUUGACAGCUGUUGACGUCAAUGGAAGGCAGGCACUGCAUAUGGCGGCUUGUAGCGGACAGUUGCACACCCUGUCGUUUAUCUGUGAUACUCUGCAGGUGAAGUCAACCGCCUCUACUCCUGAGGAGCUCGAAGCUGAAAUCAUCGCCCCCUUGGACGCACGGGGCUUCACACCCCUUCACCUUGCCGUCUAUCGAAAUCACGUCUAUUGUGUCAGAAACCUUCUUCGAUUCAGGGCUUACCAAGAACUUCUCGGCAACACCUAUACUCCACUGCACUGUGCUGCUGCAUGGGGUGAUGCCACUUGCCUCACGGACCUCUUGAAGGUCUACCCUCCAUCUGGUCUUAAAACGCUAGACGUACGUAAUUCCACUCCUCUCCACAUUGCAGCCAUGGCUAACAGGGCAAAAUCUGUUAAGGUAAUUCUGGACACCAUUAUGGAAGCGGAACUGAAUACCACCAAUACGUCGAAUAUUAAACUUAAGGAUGCCCUCAAUUCUCGCGAUAUCCGUGGUUGCACACCGCUCAUGGCAGCGGCCCGCGCUGGUUCUACUAAAGCCUUCUCAUAUCUCAUCGAAGUUCACUCCAGUGUGGAUGAUGAUUUCAAGGCGACGGUGCUCAAUACGGACAACGAAGGAUUUAACAUCUUACACCAAGCUCUUUGCGCCCCCACUGAAAAGACUGCAUUGAAUAUCAUUCGCCGGCCCUUCAUCCACGAAUUGCUCGACGUGGCACUUCCCGAUGGUCGCACCCCAUUACAUUUGGCCACUAGCAGCGAAUUUGGUGAAGCCGUCACUGAACUGCUUAAACUAGGCGCCAAUGCAUUUAGCACCGACUCGUCGAACAGGUUGCCUGUCUACUUCGUUUCCAAGACUGAUCAGUCCUUUUCUUGUCUGGCCGCCCUCCUCUUUGAGAUGAUGCCGCAACUGAAGGAAAUCCAGACCGAUUCAUUGAUGCCAGUAUCGAGAACCUUUCCUGACAGCGUCAUGGCGGACUCCAUUCGCAGCUCUGAUCCGGAAUUUUACUGA